AGAAAAGCAUUAUUCAAACUUACAUGAAGUUACUUAUGUUCAUGUACAAAGAUAACAAACCGUAUCCAUGGCCAUCAGAAUCAUCAAGUUUUAUCUUAUAUCCUGAUGCUGCUAACCAAACUAUUUAUACUCGCUCAAUUACUGCUGCUGAUAAAGGAAAUUACUCUUGCCGUUUAAGGAAUGAUACUCAUCUAUCAACAAAUAAUGUCAACUUGGAAAUUUUUGAACGUUCCCCUGACAAGGCAUUAAUUAAUUUCAUAUCCGAAAACAAAUCCGUACAAUUGGGAUCUCAUGUUCGUUUAUAUUGUGAAGCAUUUGUUGGUCAUGUUAGUCUACCAGAUGCACAAAGUAAAAUUCACUGGCGAUACACUGCUGAAGGAAAAACAACUGAAGAACCACAUCAUGGCAAAGAGCAACAUAGUGAUAGGGAAAAUGGUGCUGUGAUAGGAGUGAUCUUGGAUAUUCCUAAAGUUCAGCGUCACCAUUUUGGUAAAUACGUUUGUAAUGUUGGAUUGCCAGGCAGCGAUGAAUAUAUAAAAAAAUCUUCAAUUAUUUCUGAUAGUGGUGUUUCCAUGGUAGAAGAUACAAGGUGGAUGAAUUCCUCCAACGCCCUGGUGAUGGCUGUCAUAGUAGCAACAUUGUGUGCUCUUCUAGUAAUCUUAUUUGCAAAAAUAAUGUAUUACAGAAAUCAACUGCAAAAUAAUUCAGAAGUAUGUCGUAAAAUGGCUGAAGACGCUUGAAUUUUGUGUGUGAAUACUAUUUAAAUAAUAUACCAAAAGUGAAAUAUGAUUUCAUUAUUGGAGUAC